UGUUGUCAUGUUGUCAUGGUGAUGCCAGACAUGAGUUAUUGGUGGUAGCUGAACGGUAAACUUGAAAACGGUAGCGGUUAGAGCAAAAGACAGACGUUGAGUUAAACAUGGCUUCUCGACCUCUCCUCGACUUUCCGGCCGUAGUGACUGCUCUGGAGAAUUUAAAGAAACUAGACAACGAGCUAAAAGAGGAAGGAAUACGACCUGAGGUCAGGCUGCACCUGACCGAGAUAAACAGCGCAAUCACGGAGUUGGAGGCGAACAGGCGCGCUGCCCAUGAACAAUUAGAAGUGGCAACCAUCGAAAACAGCAAGCUAAGGCAUCAGUGUAAUAAUACCACAGAGUGGACACAUCAGGGUAUCAUGGCUGAUGUAGCAGCAGCCAGAGCAUCUAAUGCUGAGGAGAUGGAGCAGCUGCACAAUGAUCUACUGGCUACCUCACAGCUACAAAAAGCUACUGUAAAGAGGCAGGAAGCACUUCUAGCCCAAAAUGAGGACCUGCGUCCAGAUCGAGAUCAGGUUAAAGCAGAACACGAGGAUGCAGUUGCAGCCCUGAACCAAGCAAUCACCCGAAAGUACUCCUCACAGAAGCAUCUGGAUAAGAUAAAGGAGAAAGUAAAUGAUCUCAAGUCAUUAAUUGCUGCUUUUGAACAGGAUAAAAUAACUCUACAGCAAAAUACUGCACUUGAGAGAGAUUCUUUUGCAGAAAACAUAGACAACCUGUCCAAAGAGAUGGUUCGGACUGACAAGGAUAUCAAGCUGCAGAGACAAGAGACAAAGAGUAAAAGAAGAGAACUGGGAAGAGUUAAUGAGAAGAAACAAAACGCCAACAAGAGCCUUGAAGAACUCAGAAUUGAAAUGGUGAAGACAGAGAGCAGUGUGCAAAAACUGACAACAUCUAGGGACCAGUAUGAGAAACAAUUGAAAGGGGAGAUCCAAAUGUACCAGGACCAAAAUACACAGAGGGAGACCCUAAAGAGGGAGUUGUGUGAGAUGAGUGAGGCCUUUCUUAUCACUGUUCAACAACUUAAAGAGGACAUUGCAGCAUUAGAAAAUAGAAUGGUGGUGGGUAGAGCUUCAAGGAUCUACUGGCAAGACACCAUGGCUAAAAUUUGUGAGGUUUUUAAAUGUCAACAUGAGGAGGAGACUGAAGUAAGAGAAAAACAUAGCUACACCUCAAAGCAGCUAGAGAAGUCCAAGUCAGAGCUGGAGGAGCGCAUUGCAUCCAUAGUCAAACACAGGCAAGAGGUCAAACAGAUGGACAAGCUCAUUGGUGAACUUGUAGAAGCUGAGACCAUUAACAAGCAUAUGUUUGACAGGCAUCAAGAUGAGUUGUAUGGCAACAUGAAUACAGAGAAGAAACGCGUAAGCCAUUAUGAGGAGGAGAAAAAGCAGCUGGGGCAGCUGUUGGAGGAGGGAAAGAGGAAGCAGGAGGAACAUGUGGUGAAAAUGAAUUUGGAUAUUAGCGUGGUGAGGAGGAGAUGCGAGGAGUUUCAGCAAGAAGAGGACACCCUCCAUCAGCACCACCCCUUGAGCAACGAUGUUGUUCUGCUGAUGAACUAUGUGAUCCAGUGUAAGGCAGACUGCAAACAAAGAGAGACCAGACAGAGAGAGGAAAUAGAGCAGUGCUCUGCAGAGACUGAGAGGGUCAUGAGGAGCUGUGAGGAGAAGCAGAGGGAAAUUGAAGAGAAAGAGGAGGCACUGAAAGAGGUGGAGGCUGGGUGGAAUGAUGAGUUGUGCAAACACGUGGGGCUGAAUAAGCUUAUCUCUGAUCAAAGGGAGAAGAGGGGUGAUUUGGAGCUGUUGAUCAAGGGUCUGAAGGAGAACACCAUCUCUCUGCUUCAAUGUAAAGAGGAGAAGGAGGAAGAAUUGAAGGCUAUACGAGCAAGAUGCAUUGACCUGUUUGACAAACAGGUCUCACAGCUGCAGUGCGUAGAGAUGAGCAUCUUCAACAGCAGGGUGAAACUGGAGCAGGUUGGUGUGGAGAACAGCAGGUUGAAGCUUCAUAUCCAACAGAUGAGAGAGUAUAUGACCAGAGCUGGGCAGGACAAAGACAGAUACCUACAGGAGGCUCAGCAGUUCAGAGAGGACACAAACGCUUUGUUUGAGAGUCUACAGGAAGCCUGGAGAGAGGAUUUGUUAUUAACACAGGACAGGCAGAGUAGUGAUGGUGAUCUGAUGGAAUUGAUGGGAAACCUGCUGGAUCACCUAAAAACCAGGAGUCACCAGUUGGAACAUACCAGUACACUACUACACCAUCAGAUGUUAAACUUUAGUAGACGACUUGGGGAUAGAACGAAUACAGACCAGAAGACCUGA